AUGGCCCAAGAUGAACUAUUUAUCGUAACUUACCAAUAUCCGAUUUUGCGUGACACCACAACUAUUCCAGGAAACGGCAAAGCAGUAAUUCGAUUUUUGACGGGUAACCCUGGAGUUUGGGCUUUCCAUUGCCAUGUCGAGUGGCACCUCGAAGUUGGGAUGUUGGCCCAAUUUAUUGAACUUCCGGAAGAAAUUAAAUUAUUGGAAAAACCAACAUUGGCACAAUCUGUGUUCUACUCAUUAAACAGAUUCAUUAUAAUAAUUUCUGAAUGGCUAAUUUUGAUUUAG